CGGAGGAUUUGAAAGAAGGAAGACCCGGUUGAGCUGAGUUAUCCACACACACAACACGAAUACAUAGGAGCAGAGCAGUGCAGUAUGACGAUGGCCUCACAGUCACAGUCACUCCAAUUCUUUCACAGCCACAUAAUCAUAAGAAGAAGCACUCUUCCUCCUCCUUCCCUUCCUUUUCAUUUCCAGUUGCAGUUGCAGGGUGGUUAUACUUAUACGCCAUAUGCUACAGUUGGCGUUGUACGCAGGAGGCCUCCCUCCAGGUUCUCUCUCAAGUAUCAAACAAUGGCUAUGGCUAUGGCCAAUGCCAAUGAUGUAGAGCAGCCGCAGCUGCAAGCCACAGUCACAACCAAGUGCUUCUUUGACAUAGAUAUUGGCGGCGAAGCUGUUGGUCGCCUUGUAUUGGGCCUCUUCGGUCAAGUUGUUCCCAAAACCGUUGAAAACUUUCGCGCCUUGUGCACAGGAGAGAAAGGAUAUGGUUAUAAAGGAUGCUCUUUCCACCGCAUCAUCAAAGAUUUUAUGAUCCAAGGAGGGGACUUCACUCAAGGAGAUGGAACUGGGGGAGUUAGUAUCUAUGGUUCCAAAUUUGCAGAUGAGAGUUUUGCAUUGAAGCAUGUUGGUCCUGGUGUGCUGAGCAUGGCUAAUGCAGGCCCUGGUACUAAUGGGAGCCAGUUUUUCAUUUGCACGGUGAAGACUCCAUGGUUGGACAACCGCCAUGUGGUUUUCGGACACGUGAUUGAGGGAAUGGAUGUUCUGAGGAAACUCGAGUCCCAAGAGACAAGCAGGCUAGAUGUCCCUCGUUUGCCAUGCAGAAUAGUUAACUGUGGAGAGUUGCUGUUGGAUGACUGAUCUGUUUGCCUUACUCGGCAUAAAGUACAACUGUGGGAUGAAGUUUUCUGGUUUGUCAAUUCCAGAGUUGUUCUUAACUAUGAUUAUUAUUCUUGCGAUGUUUUUGGCUGUGAAAUGAAAUAUACCAGACAUCAACAUUGUUCAUUUCCGCCAAGUUCAAAUGCGAUUUAUAUAUAUAAACACCAGAGAUGAAGGUACAUGUAUUCUGUUGGACUGAAUACAGGGACACACUUAUCCCUU